AUGAAGGAGAUGAGCCGCAAGUGCUUUCUUGAAGGGGAAUCUGGAUGGAGCAUCUCUGUGACUACCACAGUCCACCCCCUGUGCCUCUUGGAUCUAUGUCUCCAUACACUUUCGGUGAUCAGCUCCUCCAUGAAUCCAUGGGGCUCUUUUCUAGAAGGGAGACAGAAGAGAGAGGUUAGCUGGACGAACUACAGGCUCAAUACUAUAGCUAUUCUCUGGAUCCAGCUGACACUCAUAGAUUCUUUCCUCCACUAUCAGUCUCUUGCUCCUUCAUCCUCAGUGGAGAUUGACCCUGAAGAAGUCGACAGCUGGAGGCUGAGUGAAAACUGUCUUUCCUGCAGGUUGAAUAAUGGCCUACUGAAUCGUCCCUAUCCAUCGAGAUCCCCAGAAUCUGUGACUGUUACCUUAUACAACAAAAGAAAGGUCACAGAUGUGAUCAAGUUAAAGAUUUUGAGAUGGGAAGAUGAAUGUGGGUUAUCCAGGUGUCUCCACUCUGUUCAGGAUAUAGCUACAGACUGUGGAACCAAUGAGCUGCAGGUGGAAAUUAAUUUUCAGUGGAUUUUCCCACAACUGGCACUGCAGCCAUUUGGUGCUUUUUAUUUCAGUGUCAUCCCUUUUGCUGUGAGGGGUCGGGAGGCAGGCUGGUCUAUUGAGAAGGAAGUGUUAGCAACUCCACGGUCAGUGAAGGCUGCGGUACGUGAUGGAACACGGGUGCCCUUCCGUUUAGGCUACCACGUGAAUGUGCAAGAUGGGGGAAAUCAGCGAGAACUUGCCCGCCAGAAAAACAUGAAGAAAUCCCAGGAAAUUAGCAAGGAAAGAAAAGAGGAUGAUAGCUUGACCACCUCUCAGAGAAAGCAGAGGGACUCUGAGAUAAUGCAACAAAAGCGGAAGGCAGCUAAUGAGAAGAAGUCUAUGCAGACGAGAGAAAAAUGA